AUGGUUCUCGAAGGAAGCUUGUUCCAUUGUAAGCUCAGCACGCCUGCACGCUCAAUCGAUGCUGCCAACGAGAUCAGAAAGACUGCCGUGUAUCUCUUCCUUGAUGCAAGCCAUGUUCAAAGCCUAGAGAUCUGCGACAAUGAGGAAGAAGUCAUUCCGUCUUGUGUCAGGAGCGCUUUCAUCAAGCAAGGAUCGAGUACAACGGCAGACGAACUUGUGAGCAUUCGCUUUGUUCUCAAAGAUCAUGCAACCUUCGUCGCACCUGAUUCACUGUUACAAAAGAGACCGUCUAUGAUCGAGGACAUCGAGGCCUUGUGGCGAAUAUGUCGACUCGACACAUUCAAGGUCUACGUGUCGUCCAAGGCUGUCAGCACAAGACAUAUAUUGGCUCUCAGCAACUCAUUAGCCAGAGGCAUGAAGCCUACACCCGAGGACGUCAUCAACAGCAUAUAUCUUAAGCCGGUCAACAGCAAGAUUGUCACGUCCCUCAAUGACCUUUGGACACUGAAUCGACCUGAAAAUCCACCUCCCUAUGACCUCUCAACGAGUCUAGGAGCCAUCGACAGUGAUCCGACAAGUCAAUCGGACUCCAGAGUUAUAAGCAGCUCUAGAAAACAUGGCAAGAGACGGAUAGCAUCACCUGUAUCACGUCAAACGCCUUCUAAGCGACAAUUGUUGACGGAGAAAGCUGUGCCAGAACCUUGGGAACUGGCGUUCGCAGCUCUCAGUGCAGAAUUUGCAAUCCUACGUGAACAAGUACAGCAGCUCCAGCGGGCUCCUGUAGUUGAUGCUGGAACACAGACCGACUCGUUCGUGGAUCAUGCACCUGAGUCUUGCUCAGUCCCUGACCCGCAUUACUCAUCACCAAGCCAGGCCAGCACGGUUGAGAACAGUAUCGAGGACCGUCUUCUGAUGGUCGAAGACAGCAUUCUCGAGGAACAGUUACGGAGAGCGUUGUCAGAUGAAAAGCUCGAGAACACCGAGAAGCAGCUGGCAUUGCUAGAUGAAAAGCUCGAGAACACCGACAAGCAGAUACGGCAGGAGCUUGACCUCGAGUGCUCUGGGUUGAAAACCGCCGUCGAGCUCCUCAAUUCUCGCCAUGACGAGCUUCAACAAGAGUUCAAAGAAGAUAUUGAUACGCAAAAAUUGGAUCUACAGGUCAAGUUGGAAGAGUUUAUUGAUGAUCGACUGGAAAAUGUUGAGGAGGCUGUCAAGCACGAUGUCAGGGUGGCGUUCGAGAAUGCAUCUUACAAAGUCGACGUAGAUCUCGGGUGGUUGGAAUAG